AUGCCUGAAGAGACAAGAUAUGGUGUGCGGUCCGUGGUGGGUGUUGGAGAGACUGGCUGUGGGAGAAAGAGGAGCAAUGAGAGUGUUGUGACGCCGCCGAAUUCUACGGUGAGGAAAGGUUCGGGUGGGACUUCGAAAGCGCCGCUUUCGCCCGAUCUAUCGUCGCCUAUCGCCUGUACGAGGGCUAAGAAACAAAAGACGGACGGAACACGUUCUAGUGGUAUCGUGACUUUGGAGGAGCUGUUGCAGUCCCUGAAGAGAAGAAGAGAUAACGGGGAAAUGGGCCAAAAACCGCCGUACUCAUACGCAACGUUGAUCGGGCUGGCGAUCCUGCAGUCUCCGGAGGGCAAGCUGACGCUAUCGCAGAUCUACAGCUGGAUUUCGAGCCACUUCCCGUACUAUAGGCAGAAGGACGCUGGCUGGCAGAACUCCAUCAGACACAAUCUGUCGCUGAACGAGGCUUUUGUGAAGACCGAGAAGUCUUGCGACGGAAAGGGCCACUUUUGGGAAGUGAAGUGGGGAGAUGAGAUGAAGUUCUUCAGGGGCGAGACCUCCUCCUACGAAGAAGUGAGGGAAAAGCUACGGGAUAUCGAUCAGUUUUUCGAAUUUGGCACGGGCGAUGGGCAGCCUGUUGACGUGACGAAUCUGCCCUUCAGAGACGGCGACCAGUCGGAUUGCGAAAGUGAAUGUGGGAAUGCUUUGUUACAGAUGAACUCUUCACCCGCGGUAAUGCCCUCUCACGCAAAGUUCACGGUGGCUGACUUUGCCGAACCGGAUUCGCCGCCGCUGCCUGAGGGACAAAAGAAUAACUACAACACUCUGAGCCCGCCCUACUCGUUGAAGAAGUUUCACACAACGCUGGGGCUUCCGAGGGUGCUCUCUGACGACUCGGCAAGCAUAUUCGGCCCAAUCGCAACAACUUCCAGCCAGAACGCAUUCAUGUCGUCGCAUAGCUUCAAGAGAUACACCUGCUCGUUCAAUUCCAGCUUUGAGGAGGCGUCGCCGUUGGCGGAAAAUUACUCAAGUGACACUUUGUUGGAUCCGGUUUGCACUGAACGAUUAGGCGUCCCAGCGACCGGCCUAGAUGGCUCGCGAGACAAGCAACCAGAUAACUCAAGCAUUCAAAACCAGCAAAUGGAUAUUCUCCGAACUCCUAGCACAUCGCAGCAACAAGGCGUCCUGAGAACACCGUGCAGAUUCAUAACGACGCCGAAGGACGGCAACACCUCGCUGAAAAAAUGGCAAACUCCAUCACAUCUCUUCGAGGAUCUGUACUGCUCGCCAAUACUCAAUGGCUUUGCGGGCACGUCGUCAAAUCAGCCGGCAGGCGCAACCGCAACCGAACUGGCUUCUGCCAAGCGAAUGCCAGGAUAUGAUGGCGCUCCAGGUCUCAGUAGAACGAAACUCUCUGCCGGUGGAUUAUUCGGAGUAGAUCUCUAUUCACUGUGGAAGCGAGCCACGCAGGAUCAGGCAGUUUCGAUUGCAGACCACAACGCAUCGCUCGAUGGAGCAUUAGAGCUGAGCGCAACAGCUUCUCAAGAAGAUACUGAAGUGCAGGAUAAGGAAAAAGAGAACAGGAGAAGGAGUUAG